AUGAAGCGACCUAGAUCGUAUGGAGAGAGCACCGAGGAGGACGGCCCUGGGGAGAAGGGGGUGAUGAAGGACCGGGGAAGGCGGGAUCAGGAGUCUGACCGCCUUUCUUCCCACCGCCGCCUCUAUCCCAAGGCUGAGAUCAGCGCUGGCGGCGGCAAGGGCUCUUCAUACGAUUGGUCGCUGGAUGGCCGCGAGCCUCUGUCAAAGUCGUCGUCGAGGAAACAAUUUGAUCACGAAAUGGAGGGGUCUGAUCGGCGAAAGUACGGCGGCGCGUCUGAACGGUAUCUUGACGAGGAGGAACGCGCAGUGCAGGCGUCCUCGCCGCGUGUCUCCUAUAGCGGCGACCGGAUCCAUCGGUCUGAGAGAUUCUCCUCGUCUUCAAGGAGGGAUAAACCCCAUGGUUACAAGUCGGAGAAAGAAAGGUCGAGGAGGGAGGGGAGCACUGGCUCCUCGUGGAGGAGAUCGAGUAGUGCGAAGGACAUUGACGAUGACGAUGUGAAGUCUGUGUCUGUCUCUAUUGAUUCUGUGGGGGGUAAUGAGCAUCGCCUGCCAUCAGAGAACAGAGGGAAGACGAAGCUCAGGGAGUCCUACAGUGGGGACCCGCCGGUAAUCGCGGACGUGAAGGAUACGCAGGAAAAAGGGGCAGAGAACUGCAGCAGCGAGAUGGAAGAAGGAGAGUUGGAACCUGAUCCCGAGCCGAACCCUGAUUCCGUUCCCGAGCCCAUUUUACAUCCCGAUCCAAUGCCAGCGUCGGAAGAUGGAGCAGAGAUGGAGUUCGAAUGCAGAAUCAGAUCAGGUGACAGCGCACAGUCUGGAAGAGAAUCAUCAAGUGAAGAGAAUCAUCAAGUGCCUGACGACGACGAUGGUUCUGCCAGUAAGGUGAAAGGGAUUGUGGUAGGAUCUGUUUCUCAAGGGUGGUCUGAUGGAAUGCAAUUUCAUGUAAAUUAUACUUCCAAUAAAGUAAAUGCAAAGGAAAAACUAGAGCCAGAAUGCGAGGUGAAACCGACUAUUGCUUCUGAUAUUGAUAGAUCAGAAUAUGCUACUGCUCACGAAGACAAUGCAAGUCCUGAGUCACUGGGACAUGAUCUAGAAGGCUCUGUUAGAGAGAAUUCUCCAGAGGAACAUGCAAAAAUUGUUCCUCCGUGUGCUUCUCCUCCAUUAGAUGAAAAGAUGGAGAACAAAGAGGAAGAAGAAAAGGUGGAGGACAAAGAGGAAGAGGAAAAGGCUCGACACCUUGUGGCAGACGCAGAGGAACCGCAGGAGAGAAAGUGCAUAGACUUGGAGAAGGAACCAACAACGCCAGAAGGUAUAAACCUUGAAACCGAAGCAGAAGUGCCAAUGAUUCUCUUUGGUCCAUGCAAGGACGAUGUAGCAAGAAAAAAUAGCUCUGAAGUGACCCUGAAUAUUAUGACUGGCAAUAAUGACAAGGGCAAAGGAAAAAGCUCGGCAAUAUCUCUUUCCGAAGAAGCAAAUUCUGCGGAUGAGAAUGAUGCAAUGGAAGGACCUAGCAGCAUCAGGAGUUUUGAGUUGGUAUUCCGGUCCAAGAUUACCAAAUCAGAUAAUUGGUAUCCCAGCGUGGUUGCCAUCGGUAAACGUGAAGAGGAAAAACCCGAUUUGGAACCUCUUGACCUCUCUCUUGGACUACCAUGUGGUUCACAGGGCCUUAGUUCCCACGAACCUAAGGCAAGACCUAACUUGCAGAGUACUUCUCUGGAACACGGUCAUAGGACUACUUCCCCUACUCCACGAAGCAUUCAAUCCCUUCCAUCUUCAUUCUGUGCUGACUCAUCUGCUUGCAUGGAUUCAGUUUCAUUCUCUGGUUCAGAGACAUUUCUUCAUAAUCCUAGCUGUUCUCUCACCCAGAACUCUAUGGAAAAUUAUGAGCACUCUGUGGGUAGCCAUCCUAUAUUUCAGGGUAUUGAUCAGGCCGCUAAUAACACUAUUUGGCAAGGGCAGCCUUCAAAUGAAUCUAAAAGCAAGGGGCCUGCUAUUCGAUCAUACCGAAAGUCACAAUUAAAUGGCAAGUUGACUCAUGGUUCACCUCAUGCUGUGAACGUUCUGGCACGUCAGUCAAGUCUUCCAAGGCUGUCGUCUCCCGCACAUAGUCAUGGUCCUCGGGACACCAGAUCUGACUCCAUUAGAAAGGUACUCAAAAGGGCAAGAAGCAAUAGCAGCUUGUUUAAGAGUGAGCAGCAGGUAGCAGAAGAUAUGGGCUCCAGUGGUUUCAGUGCUACUGAGAAAGUCUUAAAUAAGAUUGUUUUAGAGCCUUUACAGAUUGUCUGCAGAAUGAUUCAAGAGAUGAGCCAUCAGUCUGUUGCAUAUCUAAGGGAGAGUAUUGGUGAGAUGGUCAUAAAUAGCGAUAAGCGUGGCUACCUGUGUGCAUUGCAGGAUACGCUGCAAAAGAGGUCAGAUCUAACUCUGGAUACACUGUCCAAAUGUCACCGAGUUGUGUUGGAGAUUUUGGUAACUCUCAAAACUAGGCUUCCUGAUUUCCUUCGUAAAGCAAACAAUGUUCCUUCUUCUGACCUGGGGGAGAUAUUUUUGAAUCUCAAAUGCCGAAACAUUGCAUGUAGGAGUAUUCUGCCUGUUGACGAAUGUGACUGCAAGGUUUGUGUGCAGAAAAAUGGCUUCUGUAGUGCAUGCAUGUGUCUUGUUUGUUCCGAGUUUGACUUAGCAUCCAAUACUUGUAGCUGGGUUGGGUGUGAUGUAUGCCUCCAUUGGUGCCACACUGAUUGUGCACUGCAAGGCUCUCAUAUCAGGAAUGGCUCAAGUGUUACAGGGGCUCUGAGGAACACAGAGAUGCAGUUUCACUGUGUUGCCUGUGGUCAUCCUUCGGAGAUGUUUGGCUUUGUGAAAGAAGUGUUCAAGACGUGCUCAAAGGAGUGGGAAACGGACGUUUUAGUCAAGGAGCUGGGUUAUGUAAGGAAAAUAUUUUCUUCUAGUGAGGAUUCAAGGGGUAAGCAAUUGUGUGAUGUAGCCAAUCGUCUUCUGAUCAAACUUGAGAACAAAGUCCAUCACUCUGAAGUUACAACACAUAUGCUGAGUUUCCUAACUGGUAAGCUCUAUUGUUGUAGAAAGAGUUGUCUGUCUGCUCUAUGUUUCUGCAGUCGAAUUGCUUAUUUGUUUCUUUACUGGUUUUAUGACUUUAUCCCUCACCCUUCCCUGCUAUAUGUUGACUGCGAAACGCAGAAUUCAAUGACAGACUGAAUGUGAUUAUAUUGUUUCUGUAGUAAUUAUUCUGCACAUCUACAAAGUCUGUUUCUACUCGUCUGCAGCAGAAAUGACAAUCUAAUAUUUCUGUAGCUGGUGCGGAAAGACUCUCUUACGCCAUUCUAACUUUGGCUUGUUUGUCUCUUAUGGUUUUAUCGAUUCAACAGAAUGGUGUCAGUCAAAACACGUGAAUUGGCGUUGGCCGGCCUCUUUUUGUCUUUUUUCCACGAGAAUUAGUUUCAACAUGAGUGCCACCCUAAACAACUGUUUUGAACAAAGUGAGAAAACUGUCCAACAUGAGUGCCACCCUAAACAACUAUUUUGAGCAAGAUUCAAUGUGAUGGAGAUUCGUAUUAACCUCUGUAAAUUCUCUUUCUCAGAAGCUCGCACAUUCUAGACUCGGACUGCCUUAUGUAUGACAGCUGCAGUACUGGGGGUUUCAAUUGAGAUUUAAAUAGAAUGUUUCAUUACUAGAAAUAUUUUUUACAAUCUUCCAUCAUUAUGUGAUAUGCAACUGAAAUAAAUUAGGAAAGAAUUAGCCACGCGGACAUAUAUUAUGUGUUCGUGUUUUUUGGACAAUACAAAUAUAUUGAUGCUGCUGCGAGUUUACCAGCUGAUCAAUAUUCAUCUGAGUACUAAUUUUUAACCUGCAUCUGUGCAACGAAAGAACGAAAUGAGAAAAACAUACAAAUCUAGUGACUUCUGAAUCCAUGUUCCUAUAUCAAUUAGUUUUUUGUGGUUAGUAGUAGCUGAUUAUUUUCUAAAGAUAUUUCAUAUCUAUUGAAUGUUAAUAUCGUGCGAGGUCUGUGAAUUUCGUGAUGUGUUGAGGUAUCUUUUAAACUGUUGACAGUUGCAAAAUUAUACCUCACCCUUGUAUCUUCUAAAUUCAUGAGUUUUUCCCCGAAUAAAAAUAAUAAGAUUCGUGUCAGGGAUAUGGUAGUUUACUUGCAGAUCUGUAGGUGGUCAUCUUAUUCUUCUUAGUAAUAAGAAGGGACAGUGAGAGCAUGAUACCAAAAUUAGUUAUAUUUAUUUGUGGGAAACCAUGCUUCAAUUUCUGUCUUGGUUCGAGAUUGAACCUGAAUCAUGAAAGGCCUUGACAAAUCCUCAGGCUCAUGCCGAUGUGACUUCAAACUUUUUCAGGCUUGACUUCAGAAAAGGAAUUAUUCACUGAUCGUUGCUCUGGAUCUUGUUCUCUUACUUGUAGCUAGGGUUUUCCAUGGGCUAAGUAUGCUUAAAGUCUAGUCUGGGUCGGGUUUUCAUGGUUUGACCUGAAAAUUAAUCGUAGAUAUAAAAAUAUGCCUUGCCUGGUGCCACUUCAGGCUACGUCCAGGAUUUGACAUGUGUGACCUGGAAUCAUGUAGUCUGUAUUCGUCUUCCCCUGAUAGAAACCUCCUGUCACCACACUACCCCUGUUCUUCCUCAUUCCUCCAGCUGGAAGGCACCUCUUGGUCCUUCUAGUGACCCAUAAUCCUUUCCGAUAAUCUAACCCUCCCUUUCCCUGGUUUGCCCCCUCUCACCCUUCGCUGGAUUUGGUCAUCCCAACCUUACUGACCGCAUGGCUUGCAGUGCAUCACAGGGGUCGAGCUACCCCAUCUUUAAUGUUUUUCUCUUGGUCCGGGGUAGCGUCUUAAAAGCCACCCGUUGACACUCCUUGUAGUAUCCCUGUGAUAAAUUUUUCUAUGUUUUUUGGCUAAAGAUAAAAAUUUGAUAUUCCCUACAACUGUUCUAUUCUGUCCUUGGUUUUUUGACUAUCUACAAUCUUCUUGGUUGAUUCAAUAAGACGUCCAUUUUCUAGGAAGAUAUACUGUGGAAGAAGGUGAUGUUCGCUCUUGUUUUGGAGCUAGACUUAUAGCCUUCUUGAUGUUCCUUUGGGAUUACAGGUCAGUCCCAGGUUUUUGUAAUCCAUUUCGUGUCGAGUUGUAGCUGCCCCUGUGGGAAUCUUUAAUAAAUGUCCUUGGAGAGUAGGACUCCUUGUUCUGUAGCACUGCUCAAGUGGUUCUUGGCGGAGCAAAUAGAACGUAAGCCACACAUCCUUCAGUACAUAUGCAGCAAAACUUUUGCCCAACACUCAGUGGGACAAAAUUGGAGCUUCCAUCUUUCUGUCAUAACGUCAUAUGAACUUUUGUAUGCAUGCUUAAUAUUUUAGGCUGUUUAAUCUCACAAUCUUGGCUUGAGGUUGUUCUUAAGAUAUUUUCUCAUCUUUGACAUUUCAGGUGGUUCUAACUUCAGCAAUGACCCUUCGAAACUUCCUGAAAAAGUUCCUGGAAAACCUACUGAUGUAAUGAACGAAUUAGUUGGAUCAAGCAAGGGGCCACUAUGGCUUGAUUCUUCUGCAAAGAAAUCCGUACGGUUAGAAGCUGGCGAUAGUGUUCUUCCAAUGACGGAUCGUAGGCAAAGACCAAAUGGGGAUAUUGAAUUAAACAGUCUUGAAAGGCAACAAUUCAUUGAUGAGCUAGACAAUGUAGUAAGAUUAAAAGAGGCUGAGGCCAAAUUGUACCAAGCACGUGCUGAUGAUGCAAGGAGAGAAGCUGAAGGCUUGAAGCGGAUUUGCAAGGCCAAGAUUGAAAUGAUUGAGAAAGAUUAUGUGAAUGAGCUUACAAGGCUGCAAAUGUCUGAGGCAGAGGAAAAGCGUAAACAAAAGUUUGACGAGUUACAGGCACUUGAACAAGCGCAUCGUGAGUAUCUAAAAAUGAAAGCAAGGAUGGAAGGUGAUGUUAAAAAUCUUUUGUCAAAAAUGGAGGCUACCCGACAAAACUUGAAUAUGUGA